AACGUCCUUUCAUGUGGGUAAUCCUUUUAAUCAAUCCGCAUAUGUUAUCUUGAGAAAUGCUUAAUAAAUGAGAAAAUAUAUUAAUCGUGACUGUGAGUGCUUUUCUGUACUGUCAAGUGUUAUUGUGUUUAUACUGUGGUUUUAAAGUAAAAUAUGAUCAUUCACGUCGUGGUCACCUUCAAGUCGUUUGAGUUUGUUUUUUCUAGAGGCGUUGAAUGCAUCGUGUGCCCUCCCUUUAAACCGAGCAUGCGCGUGACAUGUUGUAAACAAUGAGACAAUUCCAGACCGUCUUUAGCUUUGUGUCUAAGUUUAUAUGUGUAAAACUAAGCGGCACACCAAGUUUUAAUUUAAUGUAGCGAAAUGUCUCUCGGAAACUGAAUAAUGGAGGCAGUUUUGAACUGGCUGAAGGGGCUAAGUGCUGCUGAGUUGUCUGAGGAGUUUGCUCGAGCAGAUCUCAAGUGCGGCCCCAUCACAUCUACCACCAGAGCCACCUAUGAGAGGAAGUUAGCUCGUGUCCUGGUAGUGCAAGAAGGCAGUUCCACUGAAACAGACAGCCACCCUUCACCACCAAGCUCAGAGACUGCAGCCGAUCAUGCCAAACCUGUGUCAGGUGCCACCUCAGAAGUUGCCCCCAAAACUGCUGCAGCAAGCUGUGGUUUCUCUGAGAGUAAUAGUGAAGAGUUGGACUUUGGGUAUGGUGUGGGUCUAAACCCACCAGAGGAAGAAGAGAUCUCUGUAAAGUCUACCUUCAGCAGCUCUACUGACUGCAGUAGCUCUCAAUGCAAAGGAGAGAACUCGUCAAAACCAGCACAAGAGUCCCCAACUUCUUAUUAUGGAGUUUGUCUACCAUGGGAGGAUGUAUUGGCAAGAAAUGAGGGAACGCACAUCUACACGGACAAGAAGGAUGCACUUCAGGCUGUAAAGACCAUGAAGGGAGCCCGCUUCAAAGCCUUUGCUAACCGCGAAGAUGCAGAGAAGUUUGCUAAAGGGUUAUGUGACUAUUUCCCUUCCCCUAGCAAAUCUACCCCCUGUGCAUCUCCCAUCAAACCUGGACCGGUCAUCAGUAAAGCUGACAACAUGGAGGUCGACACCAUUAACAGGGAGCGGGCCAACAGUUUUAAGAGCCCACGCAGCCAGGACUUGACAGCAAAAUUAAGGAAAGCUGUGGAGAAGGGAGACGAGCAGGCAUUCAGUGAGCUCGUCUGGAGCAACCCACGCUAUCUUAUUGGCUCAGGGGAUAAUCCCACUGUGGUCCAGGAGGGCUGCCGGUACAACGUCAUGCAUGUGGCAGCGAAGGAGAACCAGGCAGGGAUUGCCCAGCUGCUGCUGGACACUUUGGAAAACUCAGAGUUCAUGCGCCUCAUGUACCCAGAUGACCAGGAAGUUAUGCUGCAGAAACGAAUCCGCUACAUUGUAGACCUUUACCUCAACACUCCAGAUAAGGCUAGCUUUGAAACGCCACUCCACUUUGCCUGCAAGUUCGGAUGUCCAGAUGUGGUCAACGUCCUGUGUUCGCAUCCUGACAUUGAUAAGAACAGAAAGAACAAGGAUGGCCUGAAGCCGUGUGAUUUAAUUUGUAGCAGAAAAAAUAAAACCCAAGAAGUAAAACAGAAGAUAAUUGACUACUUGGAGGAUCGCUGCUAUAUCCCUUUGCUGAGGGCGACAGACAACACCUCUCAUCCCAUCAUUGGGACUCCAUGGUCACCGGAGUCCUCAGAAAGUUUGUCACUGACCCAGCGGCACACCAGAAGCCCCAUAGAUCCUUUCAUGACAGUCACAGCCUUUGCUGGCCCGCUCAGCCCUUCCAAAGCAGAUGAUUUUCGCCGGUCGUGGAAGACGCCACCAAGAAACCGGGCGGAGAUUUUCCAUCACAUUCUUAAGUCAGAUCCUGACAGAGGUGCAGAGAGAGUGGGCAGAGAUCUGGCUCGUGAGAUGGGGCACCCCUGGGCUGAGUACUGGGGCUUCCUGGAUUGUUUUGUGGAUUUGUCUUCAGCUGAGGGGCUUUGUAGGCUGGAAGAGCACCUGAAUAGGAAAGAUGUCAGCCCAAGGACUCAUGACGGGGUUAGAGAGAACGAGACCAGUAACAGGUUUAAAACUCCCUCUCCAGGGAAGCCCAAAAAAUUCUGCAACUCUAUUUCUGUUGGUGCCUUCCUGGAUGAAAGUGAUGAUAUCAGUCUUGAGGAGAUAAAGAACCGUCAGAAUGCAGCACUUACCAGCAUCACCUCCUCUGCUGCAUCCAAGGAUGUCCUGAAGGGAGCGGUGGGAGGCCGCAUCACACUCCACCACCGCACGGCGGACCUGAUUGAGACGGCAGCUGAGCAGGACCUUCUGUGCUGCUGCAGCGAUGGCCUCCUUUCGCCAGGUGUGGUUUGCAAAAACGGGGCGUGUUCCUCCUCCAGAGACAGGACUCACAAUGGAGACAAGGUGCCCACCCGCACAUCCCCAUCCUGCUCAGCGCUGUCGCCCAUCUCCAACCUCAUGGUAGAGUUUGAGCGCAUGACGUUGCAGGAGGAACUGGACAGCCCCACAAGCUGCAGGGAGAGAAGGAGCAGUGGUGGGAGUUGGCACAGGGACAACCGGCACUCCUGUGGCUCCACCUCAGCCACAGACCUGAGCUCCGGCCUGAACCGCCUGUCUCUCAGCCAGAACAUAGGGGUCAUGGACCGGGCUGGCAGGAGAACAGAGGGAGGAGGACAAGAGGAUAGCAGCAGCAGCUCAGAGGAAUACUUUCAAGCAGAGGAGAGUCUGGAGGCACUGGGUAGGACUAGGGAUUUAGUGUCAGGGGUGCGCAACGUCUGUGCCAGGUCCAAGUCUUGGGACCAUGGAGGCCGUGACCUGAGCAGCUCAGGAUCCUCGGGGUCUUCUUACAAGUCCUUUGAUAACUCUCAUGAGUUCCUACCCAGGACUCCCCCACAUUUCAGAAGAGGACUUUAUAUUGAAGGAGACUCUCCAACCAAACUGGACAGAGAGGUCUUGUCGGCUAUAGAGGGCGUAGAUGUGGAUCCCCAGAAAUACCCCAACAUUCAUAAGUGGAAGAGCACAAUGAAGUCGUUCUCUGUGUCAGAAAUGCAGAGCUGGCCCAGCCCGGCGGUGAAACCACGACUCAGGAUGCAGCAUCAGACCCCCGGCUCUCCCAUCGGCGGCUUGAUGUCCCCCACCGGUCGCUUCAGUCCCGUCCGCCACGCUGCCUCUCCAGACUUCAGCCCCAGCCGUUACAGCCCCGCCAGCGUUGGCUACAUCCAACGCAUCCGCCUCAGACACUUGAACGAGCCACUGCUCUAACUGCCCCCCCCCCCCCCCCCCCCCCACACACACACACACACACACACACAACAACCCCAGCUGCUCCAGGAUGACCGCAGCAGAGCUCAGCAACCACAAACCUAACAGGAAUAUGCACAAGUGGUACUUCUUCUAUGUAUAACAGGAAUUCUCAUCACCUUAGGCUGUGAUGUCAGCUCAAGACUUUAAAAAAAAAGAAGGAAAAAAACUUGAUACUACAUGUACUGUAUGGGUGUGGACUAUGUUGAUUUGCUGAAAGUGUUUGUGGCGACGGCGACACACUUGUAUGACAGCCUGAGUCACGGUUUUGGAGGACCACACUUCCCAGAGUUAGGUCACAAAAAUAGAAUCAUCAGGAUUUUGUCACAGAAGAUGUUAAAAAUACUAAAACAAGUCAAAUAUUAAUAUUUAAAAACUUAUUUUUUGUAUGUUGGUCAGUAGCACAAAUUUAAAUGUUUUUAUUAAUGAGGUUAAACCCAACUGCCAUUUCCUGUGUUGUUCCUCAGUUCAGGAAUUGCCUUAAUGUUCUGAAGUGAUGGAUCAGACACACUUUAACUCGUACAUAAGAUGUAUGAAAAACAAAACGAGAGAUCUUCCAUGUUUUUAUUUUAAUCUAAUAAAUGCAUAUCUUUUUUCCACAUUUCUUGGUAGUACCUGGAUGUCUCAACGAUUUAUUUUUGCUAUGAUGGCGGCCUUAAACAGUGCCAUUUUGUUUUAGUCAGUCAGAAACCUCUCCUGUGUGUAAAUGGUGACUCAAAGGUCAGUUGUGUGUGCUGAUCCCAAAUCAGCCUGAAGACCACCUCAAAGCUGCAUAAGUGUUUUAUCUGUGAUCACUAGAGGGCGGCAAACCUAAAGGAAUCCACAUGUGAGAAUACCUUGUCAGCUCCACAAAAACUGCCUUAUGAGCUGCGUUGUGCUGUGUUAAUGUCCAGUUUUAUAUCCUUUUUACAACAAUAUAAUUUGACUUAAUUGGGGGAUUUUAACAGCUUUUAUUGAAAUUCUCUCAGCUGAAGUUGGUUUUACAGGAAACUCACGUGGCAGAUUUUUAAAAACCACCGAGUCUAUUGUGAAGUAAUUCAAACCUGUAUCUAAACUGUUCUGCUGGGAUGCAUUUUUACUGCUUUUAGAGCAACAGACAGUUAUGUUGAGUAUUCAAGUGGCCACUAAAGCUGAAAGAAACCUGUUUUGAAUGUAUUUUGUGUGAACUAAACCUUUAUCUGGAUGGCAGGAGAUCAGCCACCGGUCUGAAUGUUUGUGAGUGUGGAACUUUGCAAAAACGCACCUAAAAAACUUAAAAACCUGCUUCUUGUGCUUUCAGCUAAUCUGUGCUUUUAUUAAAAAUAAAACUCAUGGUGAGUUCUCCCUGUACGUCUUGACCAGAUUUGCUUUGAAUGACUCAAUAAAUCACUGCAUUACUCACACUGUA